UUAUUUGGCUUGAAGAAGAGUCAUCAGGCCCGUGAAACACUUCAUUGCAGACCUUGGAAAUGCAGCUUGGGGGUAAACUCCACAAGCAAAAGCUGGCAGCGAAACCCACCCAGGAUUUUUGGCGUAAAGCUCCUUUUUUUUGGAGCUCCUUUCACCCAGCCCAGGAGGGUCUCUGCAGCUGGAGCAGCUGCUGUUUUGGUGGGAAAUCGUCCCCACUGCCAAAGGAAGGAAUGGUGGAGGGACCUGCACAGCUCAGCUCUGUGGGGGCAGCAAACCUUCCCUGCCCAGGAGGACACCUGCUUUGGGGCCUGGGUCAGCAACGCGAUGCUUCUGUGCCUUCCUGUGGCUGCCACGUCUGAUGGAGAGCAUGAGUGUGUCUGCAGAGGAGCAGCCAUCUCCCUUUGCUGCAGGACAUACGGGAUGAAUUUGGCCACUGCAGUUGGCGAUUGCAACAUCUGUUUUUCUGCUCGUGUAUAAAGCCGGACUGUGACACGGGAUGUCCCUCUUUCCUGGUGCUUGAGGCAGCCCCAGUCCCUGGUGUGCCGGACGGUGAGCUUAUCUAGCUUGGACUGGUAAAAAUGACUGACGGCAAGGAGGACCCUGCUGUGUUCACCACCACUUGUUUGCCCUCAGACCAGCGCCUUCUUGCUACGGUGACCAACGCGUACCUCGGCACCCGUGUGUACCGGGACAUCCUCCAUGUCAACGGGGUGUACAACGGCGCGGUGGGCGACACGCACCGUGCUGACGUCCCCAGCCCCCUCAAUGUGAGAAUGACUGUGCCUGGUGCAGACAGCCUGGCUGAGACCUUCACCCUGAACGCCCGGACGGGAACCUUCAGCCACGUGCUUCAGUCAACCGAUUAUACAGCCACCCAUCAAAUCUACGCUCACCAUUCCCUUGUUCACCUGAUGGCCUUCAGCAUCACCAUCCGGCGGUCAGCUCACACCGGCCAACCCAUCACAGUGCAGCUCCAGACUCCUUUUGUGCCAAAGAGCCAGGACUUGGACCUGCACCAAGGACCGGACUUCCAGGGAGCACACUACGUCUAUGGGACGACGCUGGUUCCUGAGGUAGAAGGGGGACCCCAGCCUACUGUUCACAUGCUCUGGACUCCUGUGCCACAAGACCUGACUUUGUGCGGGGAGGAGCAGGAGCGAUCCUGGGAGUUCCUGACAGCUGUGGCUGAAAGCGAAGAGGAGGUGAAGAGGAGCUACAGCGAGGGGCUGGCCCUCAUUGCCUCUGGCUCCCUGCAUUCCUCCCACAUCCGUGCCUGGGAUGCGCUGUGGCAAGGGUGCUGCAUCGACCUGGAUGGCCCUCUGCCUCUAAGACAGGCCCUCUACGGGUGUCUGUAUUACCUGCUGAGCGCCAUCCCUCCCCAGGACAACCCGGGUUUCCUAUUCCACGGCAUCAGCCCUGGCGGCUUGUCCAAUGGCACCCAGGGUGAGGACUACUGGGGGCACGUCUUCUGGGACCAGGACACCUGGGUGUUCCCAAACAUCCUGCUGUUUUACCCUGAGGCUGCCCGAGCCAUUCUGGAGUACCGAAUUCGCAUGCUGGAAGGAGCCUUACGCAAUGCAGAGGAGCAAGGCUACAAGCAGGGUGCUAAGUUCCCAUGGGAGAGUGCAGCCACUGGCCAGGAGGUCUGUCCUGAGGACAUCUAUGGAGCCCAAGAAAUUCACAUCACUGGGGAUGUUUUGAUGGCCUUUGAGCAGUAUUAUUACACCACGCAGGACCAGAAGCUGUUCAGGGAGGAUGGAGGAUGGAAGCUGGUGGGGGCUGUGGCUCAGUACUGGUGCAGCAGGAUGGUGUGGAGCGAGGAGGAGCAAUGCUACCACAUCAGAGGUGUCAUGCCCCCAGACGAAUAUCACUACCAGGUUGAUAACUCUGCUUACACCAAUGCCUUGGCCCAGCGGAGCUUACGUUUUGCAGCUGAUAUUGCUCAAGACCUCUUGAUCCCUGUGCCAGAGGAGUGGGUGGAAUGUGCCAACAAAAUCAAAGUGCCCUUUGAUAUGGAGAAGAAAUAUCAUCCUGAGUACGAUGGUUACAGCCCAGAUGAGCCUGUGAAACAAGCUGAUGUUGUCUUGCUUGGAUUCCCUCUGAUGCACUCCAUGAGCCCUGAGGUCCGGAGGAAUGAUCUGGAGAUGUAUGAACCUGUCACCGACGUGAAUGGGCCAGCCAUGACCUGGAGCAUGUUUGCGGUGGGCUGGCUGGAGCUGAAGGAGAUGCAGAGAGCACAGAGCCAACUGAACAAGUGUUUCAGCAACAUCACGGAGCCCUUCAAGAUCUGGGUGGAGAAUUCAGACGGAUCUGGAGCUGUGAACUUCUUGACAGGGAUGGGUGGAUUCUUGCAAGCUGUCCUCUUUGGUUACACAGGGUUCAGGCCACGGUGGAUAUCACUAUGGAUCACAAAGACCAGCCUUCUCUUCAACCCCUCGUGUCCUGAUGACGUCCACAAGUUGAAAGUUACCGGUGUCUCCUACUUGGGGAACAAACUGAAGUUUACCAUCACCAAGGAAGAGAUGAGGAUUGAAGUGUCUGAAUCUCCCCUUGACCCUCCUGCACUGCCUCUGGAGGCAGUGCUGGAGGAGUCAGGGCAGCGGUUUCCCCUGGGUGAAGGGCACAGCAUCUCCUUCCCCACGGUGGCUGGAUGGAUUCAGAGGUCACCCACCAAGGCGCAUUAAAGCCUGGCUGAUCUGGGUUUUGCGUGAUGGGAACUAAAAUCCUGAAGUGCAGAUGUCAGAGGAAGAAGGAUGAGGCAUCCUUGUGGUGUUCUGGCCUGUGCCGUAAAACUUUUGCCCCUGUGGGACUGUGUAUGCUUUGUUUUUUUGGGCCCAGGGAAGGUGCGUGGAGCACUCACCUGGGCUGGCAGCAGCUCUUUGAGUGAAACUGAGCAUCCUUGUCCACAGUGGGGGGGACUGAGCUGUGUGUCCCCACUUCACAGGCUGUCCCCAUCUCUCACUUAGUAGAGGGGACAACACCAAGCCUAAAACCCAUGUCCUUUGCACGAGGAGAGACCGGUGGAAUGUGUGAGCUCAGUUUGAAAUACAUUCCCUGAGUGGCCUGUGGAUGCUAAACCCUGAGAAAGCAGCAGGUGCUCUUCCUGCUGUGCUUCUCAAAGGGUUUUGCAGGCCUAGCCAUGAAUGCUUUGCCAUGUCAAUCCGCAGCAGCAGCCACCAGGAAAAGGAGGAUCCCUUGGCCUCUGGUGUUUCGAUGUGCUAAGUACCGGCACCCCCAAAACUUGACUCCCCUGUACUGAGAAAUGCAGCCGAGGCAGUGUGAUGAGGUGUGGACAAAGGCAAGGCUGAAACUGAGCAUUGUUCUGGUGUACAAUAUGUGUGGCUUUGGUACUGUA